AUGGAUAAGCAGAAUAGGGGAUGGAUAAAACUUAAGGACAGAACUUUGCCAGAGUACUUGAAAGGAAUUGAUGAUUUUUUAAAUUUUGCUUUCUCUGGAUCGAAACCGAAAAGGUUCAUCAGGUGCCCAUGCUCUAAAUGCAAUAAUUUUAAUUAUAAAUCAAGAGAUGAUGUGAUGCAUGAUUUACUAAAAUGGGGAUUUGAACCAAGUUAUGAGCGUUGGGAGUAUCAUGGCGAAAGCUUAAGUGAUGCAUCAUCUGAUAAUGACGCUGGCAACGAUUGCGAUGUUGAUCUUGAAACAAGUGAUAAUGCUCAAACUUACUCCAUGAUUUAUGACAUGCAUCAAUCACUUAACAUGGAUAGAGGUAAUGUGUUUGAUAAUCCUGGGCCUAGCAGUAUGAAUGAGGAGCCUAAUAAGGAUGCUAAAAGGUUUUAUGGAUUGUUGAAAGAUGCUGAGCAAAAACUUUAUCCUGGUUGUCAAAAAUUUUCCAAAUUAUCUUUUAUUAUGCGCCUUUUUCAAAUGAAGUGUGUUUAUGGGUGGAGCAAUAAUUCAUUUGAUUCACUAAUAAAACUACUCGUUGAAGCUUUACCUGAAGGAAAUGUUCUUCCCAACUCUAUGUAUGAGAUCCAUAAGACUAUUAGAGAUCUUGGACUUGAUUAUGUCAAGAUAGAUGCUUGUGUCAAUGAUUGCAUUCUGUUUAGAGGAGAAGAAUAUGAAAAUCUGGAUAAAUGUCCAAAAUGUGGGGAAAGUAGGUGGCAAGAAAAGAAGAAGAAGAAUGUUGUCCCCAAUAAGGUAGUUCGAUACUUCCCUAUAAAACCAAGACUACAAAGAUUAUUUAUGUCAAAACAAAUUGCAGAUGAUAUGAAAUGGCUUAAGAAUAAAAGAGUUGAUGAUGAAGUUAUGAGGCACCCGGCUGACUCAUUAGCAUGGAAACGUUUUGAUGAUAACCAUGAACUUUUUGCUUCAGAUCCUCGUAAUGUAAGACUUGGCUUAGCAUCUGAUGGUUUCAACCCGUUUGGUAUUAUGAGCACCAACUAUAGUGUGUGGCCAGUUGUUUUAAUUCCUUAUAACUUGCCUCCUUGGUUGUGCAUGAAACAGCCAAAUUUCAUUUUAACAUUGCUUAUUCCUAGCCCAAAAGGUCUUGGGAUAGAUAUUGAUGUUUAUCUUCAGCCGCUAAUUGAUGACUUAAAAGAUUUGUGGGAUGAAGGUAUUGAAACAUAUGAUGCAUCAUCGAGAUAA